AUGCUGGACCCUCUCGGCGACGCACCGGCAUGGCUACAGUCUCUUGCCGAGCCGUAUACACUGCGCCUAAAUAGUCCAACGCUCACACAGCACAUCCACGAAGCGAUCCUCGCCUUCGUCUUCUACCUAUCCGUCCACUACAUCGUCUCACCCUUGCUCUCGCCGGUUCUCUUCCCCCGCUCCUACCCGAACUUGAACCCUCGCACUAAGUUGAACUGGGACAUUCAUGCCGUGUCACUCAUCCAGAGCGUCAUUAUCAGCGGCGCCGCGCUGUGGGUUAUGUUCACUGAUAAUGAGCGUAGCUCUAUGACAGCCGGUGAGCGCGUGUUCGGGUAUACGGGUGCCUGUGGCCUUAUACAAGCCCUAGCCCUAGGGUACUUCGUCUACGAUCUGAUUGUGAGCGUGCGGUACUUCAACCUCUUCGGCAUUGGAAUGCUCUUCCACGCCAUUAGUGCGCUUUGGGUUUUCAGUCUCGGAUUUAGACCUUUCCUGAACUACUACGCCCCGACAUUCAUCCUUUACGAGCUCUCAAGCCCAUUCCUCAACAUCCACUGGUUCCUUGACAAAAUCAGCAUGACCGGCUCCAAAGCUCAGUGGUACAACGGCAUGGCCCUCCUCUCCACCUUCUUCUGCUGUCGCCUCCUCUGGGGGAGCUGGCAGUCUGUACGAGUCUACUCAGACAUGUGGUACGCGCUCCAGCAAACCUGGACAGCGGCCUCCUCAGGCCUCGAGACCCCAGCCAGCGUGAACGCGGUUGUGUUCCAAGUUCGGGACGGAGCCAUGUGCAUUGACGAGACCUGUGCCCGUGCAAAUGCCCAAAUAACCCAGUUCAAAGACUUCACUGCGACAGGCGUACCGACUUGGCUUGUUCUAACGUACGUUGCGUCGAACGUAGUGCUUAACUUCUUGAACUACUACUGGUUCUCGAAGAUGGUUGAGACCGUGCUCAAGCGCUUCCGGGUUCCCCCUGCCGAGACCGAGGCUAAGAAGAAGGAGGCUCAGAAGUUCGUUGAGGAUAUUACUAUCCAAGCUGCGGCGAAGUUAGAGAAGGAGGAGGGUUCAUUGCCUGCGGCGGCUGAGGCUUCAGGUGCUGAACUGGUCGAGGAGGCUCGGAGGCGAAAGGUUGAUUUGGUUUCGAAGGUGCCCUUACCAGGGUCGUAG